AAAAUAUUUUGCCAGAUCAUGUUGAUUCAUCAUACUGGACAUUAUCGAAGAACAUAAGUUAUACUCUGAUUCCAAUGUAAAUCAGCUUACACUAACCCCGUUCAAUUAUAUUGAAAUAUGAAUGUACUGUGAAAGGAAGCUGUUGAAAUUUGUACGCCCUUGUUUUAAAAAGCUCUUAUCGUUCUUAGUACACGUAUAUUCCGUUGGUUAUGUCGCGCUAUUCACAUUCCCAGAGAAUGAAUCUGGGGUCUGUUUUUAAUUUUCGAGAUCUUGACAAAAAUGUUCAAGUCCAUCUUAAGAACGUAUACAGUACACUCUCUGUUGGUAUGAUAAUAUCAUGUGUUGGGGCAUAUCUAUUCCAAAUAAACUCUUUUCUGCAGUCGAUUACAACUUCUCUGGUGGUCUUGUCAUUCAUUUUAUCCCUUGGAAGCUCUUUGUUCAUUUAUUUCACACAACACUCAAGAGAAACCCUUCAUUCUAGACUUGGUGCUUUCUUCUUGUUCUGUUUCUCUACAGGUAUUGGUUUCGGUCCACUUCUUCAAGCUUUGUCAGUAAUCAGUCCUGAUACUAUUCCGACUGCCCUUCUGGGCACUGCCUUGAUUUUCGUCUCGUUCACUCUAACAGCACUGCUUACACGAAAACGAUAUUACAUUUAUCUUGGUGCUGCCUUGAUGUCUGCAAUCAGUUUGCUGACAACAUUUAGCUUCAUGAACUUAUUUAUCCGUUCUCCGGCCAUAUACACCGCUGAACUGUACAUUGGAUUGGCUAUAUUUUGUGCAUUUGUGGUUUUCGAUACCCAAUUAAUUGUUGAAAAGCGCCGUAAUGGGGAUACUGAUUUCGUAUGGCACACGUUGGAUUUGUUUAUUGAUUUUGUCGAAAUAUUCCGUCAUCUUCUUGUAAUUCUCAACUCUAAAAGGAGACGUGAUCGUGAUGAUGAUUAAAAAAAAGUGGUCUUCAUUUCUUUAGCAUUCGGCUAAUUUGCUUAAAUUGCUUAAUAAUAAUAAUAAUAAUAAUAAUAACAAUACUCUUUAUUGGUAUUAUUUCACUUAAUCUUUCUACUUCGCAUUUUCUUGAGAAACCUUACAAACAAAAAUUCAAACAAAAACAAAACAACAACUAAAGUAAUUCAUUGAUAAUUUGUUAUAAAUUUACGUUGUUCUGAUUAAGUCAAGAUUUACAUGGACUUAACACAAAUAAAUAAAUAUCCAUAUAUAUUUCUGUUUUAUUUAUAAAGAAAAAAAAAGUGUAUUCUGGAACUCUUUUGCUUGGAAUAUCAAAAAUAUUGAGAAAUAUGCCCCAACUUUAACUGCACUAAUAAAAUUGAUUGUUUUUUUUUCACUUUAUCUUUUGGUUUCCCUAUUAUUGUGAUCCAUAUUGAAUAAAAGAGUAAGCUAUUG